AACCAGCCGCAGCUGCAGAAGAUGGUUCACAUGAUGUCGACACUACUUCUUCGACACGAGGAUGCGCUGACCUCGGUUGCUAUGCAAGAUCAGUUUGUGAUCUUCUUCACGAGGGGGGAUCGUGGAGUGGUGCCUCUUCUCCUUCGGUCAGCCCGUCAGUGGAAGGACUUGUCGCCCGAACAAGCCCAAUGCCCACUUCGUGUCUACCUCAUCCAAGCCAUCGUCGCCGAGCUCCAUCAACGUUUCUGCAAGUUCAAGGCGCAGCUCGAGAACCAGAAGAUCCGCACCCAUGCAAUUCAGACAAGGCUCAUCACCGAGGACAAUGCCUUUCCCUUUCAUCGCUGGAACGGUGCCCUGAAACAGGUGGAGAUCGACAACACGCCACCGAUUUCAAUGGUGGAAAUGGAGCAGAAGAUUGCCAUCCUGCAACAGGCGUUCCAGGAGAAGGAGAACUGUGUGAGGUUUCAUGCCCUGGCAGCACCGAAUUCGCAAGGGGAGGCUCAAAGUGCACGGCGCCCAGAGAUCUCGGUUAGCCCAGGAGUUGCAGAAGCUGAUGCAUCCGCCAGCCAAGAAGACUGGUUGAGUCGCCUUCGAUUUGAGUGGUUGUCGCUGCUUCAGGAGCUCACCCUGACCAACACUGGCAGCUGGUGUUACAUCAAUGCCAGCUUUGUGAGCUUGCUAUGGGCAGUACUUCAGCGAGCCGCUUUCAGUUUGGGCGAUUUGGGGGUAUCACUUCGUCCGCUUCGGGGCUUCUUUUUGAACAUUCACAAGGACACUCCUGUUUCCUUGAUUGAAGAAAAGGUGCUGCGUCCCUUGUUGCGGGAAGCCAUGAACCGUCUUGGACCGCAAGACAUUUGUGAGUUCACCACUGAGCUCACACAGUGGUUGAAUCCAGGACUGAUUUCCAUGGCGUGGGAGCGACGUGUCACCUCUUCGCAAGGAAUGGAAGUCUAUGACUCCGGUACAGCACACCAGCCGAUUGCGCUGGUACAUGUGUUUGAGCUGGAUCGAAAUAGACUGCACUUGAACGAUUUGAUUCAACCAUGGCACUUUGGUGUUGGAAUGGUUGCAGCGUGUUUGCAAAGCUCUGGACCCAAGGUGUUUUUCGUCGACCGGUACAUCGACUCUACCCGCCUCCUAGGUCACUUUGCCCACAUCGACCAUGACGAGAUCUUCCAUGUUCCAGUCUUUGAGGACACAGGCCUUUUGGUUCGGUGGCAGGCGCACCGGGUCGUCGCCAUUGUCGCGCACCUUGGGCCAUCCAUGAAUGGCCAUUACCGUGCGGCCAUCAGAGUGGGGCCUGAGGGAACUUGGAGGGUCUGUGACGACAACAUAGAGGCUGAGGCCCUGGCAUCCACACCCCCCUCACCACCCUCAGGCAAUACCCUGAACCGGCUGCCGAAUGCAGGGCUGCAAGAGCUGUUGACAGCUCUCCAUGACGAGGACUCCACUGAGGCCCUUGACACUCGGGGGACUCCUAUGCCGUUGAGCGGUGACAUGAUGCCGAUGGAGGACACCUCCGGCACUGCGCUGGAGGACUCUCCCUCUCCUAGCUCCUUGGCAAACAUUAGUAAGCGCAUGGCUGCUGCCGAGCGCUGUGUGGAUGAUGCAUUGGCCCUGAGCGGCCCUUGCAGCGCUGCUGAAUGUGCUGCUGCACCUCGUCUGCCGCUGCCGGCUGAGCAGCUGCGUCCUGACAUGCCGCUGUGUGAUGACACUGAGGGCCGCAGACUGCACUGA